AUGUUUAGAUUCUUUAGAAAAAUAGAAUCGAAUAGCAAAAUGUGUUUGAUUUUAGCUUAUCAAAGCCCUUAAUUAGCAUUUGAAUUUUCCCCAUUGAUUUUAUUUGAUAAGGAAAAAUAUUGCUUUAUAUUAUUUUUGAUAGGAACAAGCUUAACUUUAAUAGAAGUACCAAAAUUUAAUAAAUCAUAAGAAUUUUGA